AUGGUUGAGGAAUCUCCUCUAGUGUUAGGUGCUACUGUGGCAGCUGCUGCCUGGAGUGGAAGAUUUUUAAUUGGAGCAUGGCAAGCAUUCAAAGCUCGGCCUGUAGGUCCGCGUGUUCGAAGAUUUUACAAUGGUGGCUUUGAGCAGAUGAUGACCAGGAGAGAAGCAGCUUUAAUCCUUGGAGUGAGAGAGAGUGCUGUGAUGGAGAAGAUCAAGGAGGCUCAUAGGAGAGUGAUGGUAGCAAAUCACCCUGAUGCUGGAGGGAGCCAUUAUCUUGCUUCAAAGAUUAACGAAGCCAAGGAUAUCAUGUUGAGGAAAACUAAGGGGGUUGACUCUAGAGAUGAUUUGUCUGGGAUGCAAAUGAGUGGUAACAAAGUGAGAAAGUUGGAGUUCUUAAUGGCUGAUGCUGUGGCUCAAGGUGCUGACUGCAUUAUUACAGUUGGUGGUAUCCAAAGUAACCAUUGCCGUGCCACUGCUGUUGCUGCUAAUUACCUUAAUCUUGAUUGCUACCUUAUACUUCGUACUUCAAAGGUUCUUGUGGACAAAGAUCCUGGAUUGACUGGAAAUCUACUGGUGGAGAGAUUAGUUGGAGCUAAUGUUCAACUUAUUUCAAAAGAAAAAUAUGAACUAAUUGGGAGUGUGACAUUGUUUUGGCUGGUGGGUUAUAUUGAAGCAAUCAGAGAAAUUGAGCAGCAAGUUCAAACUACUGCUGGCAAAGUAAAAUCUGAUGAUAUUGUUUCAGCAUGUGGCAGGGGAACAACAACUGCUGGUCUGGCAUUGGGAUCGUGGCUGGGAACAUUAAAGGCAAAGGUUCAUGCAUUCGCUGUUUGUGAUGAUCCUGAUUACUUCUUCAACUAUGUUCAAAACCUAAUUGAUGGACUUGAAGCAGGUGUUGACUCGCAUGAUAUUGUAAACAUCCAAAAUGCCAAAGGACUGGGCUAUGCAAUCAAUACCUCCGAGGAGCUUAAAUUUUUUAAGGAAAUUGCUACAGCUACAGGAGUUGUUCUUGAUCCAGUUUACUGUAUAAUAAGGGACAUGGUGACUAGUCGUGUCCGCAGUGGGUGUAAGAAUUCAGAAGGAUCGUUUUUGAUGGUUGCAGGCCAACCAGGAGGAACUGGCAUGGCUGAAUGUUUUGAGCAUGGGAAAGGUGCCUAUGGAAUGAUGAAAGACAUGGCAGAAAAUCCAAAGAAAUGGGAAGGGAGAAAGGUCCUCUUCAUACACACAGGAGGUCUCCUUGGAUUGUUUGACAAAGUAGACCAGAUGUCUUCAUUGGUCGAAAAUUGGGGCCGGAUGGAUGUCCCUGAAUCUGUUCCAAGAAAGGAUGGUGCAGGAAAAAUAGAUGAUUUGUCUGGGAUGCAAAUGAGUGGUAACAAAGUGAGAAAGUUGGAGUUCUUAAUGGUUGAUGCUGUGGCUCAAGGUGCUGACUGCAUUAUUACAAUUGGUGGUAUCCAAAGUAAUCAUUGUCGUGCCACUGCUGUUGCUGCUAAGUACCUUAAUCUUGAUUGCUACCUUAUACUUCGUACUUCAAAGAUUCUUGUGGACAAAGAUCCUGGAUUGACUGGAAAUCUAUUGGUGGAGAGAUUAGUUGGAGCUAAUGUUCAACUUAUUUCAAAGGAAGAAUAUGCACUAAUUGGGAGUGUGAAUCUCACUAGUUUCUUAAAAGAAAAGUUGGUAAAGGAAGGGAGAAAGCCAUAUGUCAUUCCUGUUGGUGGAUCAAAUUCCUUAGGGACAUGGGGUUAUAUUGAAGCGAUCAGAGAAAUUGAGCAGCAAGUUCAAGCUACUGCUGGCAAAGUAAAAUUUGAUGAUAUUGUUUCAGCAUGUGGCAGUGGAGCAACAAUUGCUGGUCUGGCAUUGGGAUCGUGGCUGGGAACAUUAAAGGCAAAGGUUCAUGCAUUCGCUGUUUGUGAUGAUCCUGAUUACUUCCACAACUUUGUUCAAGACCUAAUUGAUGGACUUGAAGCAGGUGUUGACUCGCAUGAUAUUGUAAACAUCCAAAAUGUGAGUGCUUCAUCACAGUGGCAUGUAGCAUCUGAUACUGGGAUCAUUUCCCUUGCUUCUGUUUCCUUCUUCACUUUUUGGGUUUGUGUUGGAGCCAAAGGACUGGGCUACGCAAUCAAUACCUCCGACGAGCUUAAAUUUGUUAAGGAAAUUGCUACAGCUACAGGAGUUGUUCUUGAUCCAGUUUACAGCGUUAAUGCCAUUAACAUGCAACCCGCAAUUGAUUAUGGGAUCCUAAAAUGUGAGCAAAUGCAUUCCAACAUUAUCAUGAUUGAAAAUAAUGCUAGUGGGAAAGCUGCCUAUGGAAUGAUGAGAGACAUGGCAGAAAAUCCAAAGAAAUGGGAAGGGAGAAAGGUCCUCUUCAUACACACUGGAGGUCUCCUUGGGUUGUUUGACAAAGUAGACCAGAUGUCUUCAUUGGUCGAAAAUUGGGGCCGGAUGGAUGUCCCUGAAUCUGUUCCAAGAAAGGAUGGUGCAGGAAAAAUGUUCUAG